AUGGGCCAACCAAAAUCAAUAAUGAAUAACAGCAUUUCAUUCCCACUCGAGAUGAACGUUGAAAUAAGCAGCGCAACACCUGGUCUUAUCACAGAUCUUCUUGUUAUUAUUUUUGAAUUUCUGGAUGCAUCAUCAGUCCGACAAUCUUGUAUGCUCGUGUCCAAACAAUGGUUUUAUACAGCUCGGAGCUCUCAUUCAAAACUCACUGCUUGGCUUCAUUGGGAAGGAAAAUUCAAAAAUUAUCAAUGUACCAUGAAUAUUGAUCAUUAUGAUCAAUUACGAACUUUGUUAAAUAAUCAAUGUUUAAUGUUGAAAAUUUUAAAUCUUUCAAACAAUUGUUUGUAUGAUCGUGGAGCAAAGAUGUUGUGUGAAUGUUCACGGUUGAAAUAUUUGAGCGAGUUGUAUAUUUGCAAAAAUCAGUUGACAUGGCAAGCAGUACAGGAUCUUGCGAACAGUAAAUAUAUGAAGAAUUUAACACGACUGGAUGUAUCAGAUAAUAGUAUUGAGCUAUCAGGUGUCAAAGCAAUAGUGUCAAGUAGUUAUUUAACAAAUAUAACAGAUUUGGGAUUAGGUAAUUGCAACAUUACUGCAGAAGGAGCCGUUUUAAUAGCAAAUAAUUCAAACGCUCACAAAUUAACACGACUGUUGUUGGGAUAUAACGAUAUUGGAGCUCAAGGGGUUCAAUCAAUUGUUGAAAGCGUAACAACUGGAAAAUUAUGUCAUUUAAAAAGUUUGGAUAUUGGCCACAAUGACUUGGAUAAUGAUGUUGCACUAUACAUUGCGGCAAACAAAACAUUCAUCACUCAAGUUUGUUAUUUAGAAGCGUAUUCCAAUCGAUUCAAACAAGAUGGCAUACGGACGCUGGAACAGUGCUACGAGUCAAAAGAUGGCAAAGAGUAUUUAAACUUGGAGCUAGAUGUAAGGAAACUUUCCCUAGCUUUGGAAGGUGUAAUGGCAUUCAAAUAA